GCUGCUUGCGCUGGUACAGUGACGCAAGCGUCUGGGCCGGAGAGUGUACACAAUAGCUUAGAUGUAGUGCGGCGACGCUUUGAUCCAAAUACGAGGGGAAUUUAUUGUGUAAAAAAGACCAAUCCAAAAGACAAAUGGCGGACUACGACUACCACCACGCCAUGGCCCAGCACGCGGCCGUGGUGUCUGCGGCCGGCGGGGGCCAGCUGCACCCGGCCAUGGCGCAGCUUCCCAUGCUGCCCACUGGGUUGAACCUGUCGAUGGGGUCGGCGGCCAACAUGGCGGCCAACAUGGCGGCGGCGGCGGGCCUGCAAAUGUCCUCGCUGGCGGCGGGCAACUCGACCUCCUCGGGGUCGGGCUCGGGCUCUGGGGUGCACCACCACCAUCACCACCACCACCUGCAGCACCAGCACGCCCCGGCGGCCCACCAGGGGCUGCACCAGCACCAGCACCACCACCACGUGGGCUACAUGGGCCACCUGGCGGCCGGGGCCGGUGGCAAGCUCAAGCACAAGAAACCCAAGGUGAACAAGGACGGUGUGCCGGCGCCCAAGCGGGCCACGACGGCCUACAUCACUUUUACCCAGUGGUACCGGGAAGAGAUGAAGAAGUCGGGCAGGCAGAUCCCCCGGAUUGGAGAUUUUGGCAAGGAAUGUGCGGGCAAGUGGAACACAAUGUCGGACGAGGACAAACAGCCGUUCCUGGGUGCGGCCGCCAGGGACAGGGAGCGCUACAAGCGAGAGAUGGAGGUGUACAAGCCGGCCCGCGACGUGAACAAGCCCAAGCGUCCAGGCACGGCCUUCAUGCUCUUCAUGGCCGACUUCCGCAAGGAGAUGGCUGGCAAGGAGCCCGAGGGGGGCGUGGCUGCCCUGGCCAAGCUCGGGGGCGAACGGUGGAGGGGCAUGACGGAGGAGGACAAGCGGCCCUACGUGGAGAGGCAGAACGAAGAGAAGAUGAAGUACGAGACGAGCAUGGAGGAGUACCGCCGCAAGCAGACCGCCGAGAGCCAGGCGGCCAAGCUGCAGCAGCAGCAGCAGGAGGAACAGCAGCAGCAGCAGCAACAGCAGCAACAACAGCAACAGCAGCAACAGCAACAACAGCAACAGCAGCAUGACAACGGAGGGGACUCGGACAGCGGGGAGGACACGUUCCAAGGGAACCGCAGCCACUCGAAUCCCCCGUCGGGGGCCUCGACGCCCAGCCCCGGGGGGGGCGGGGCCACCACGCACUCGGAGCACACGGACGAGUCGCAGGGGGCCUCCGGGCAGGCCCCUCCGGAGCGGGGCAACGGGGGCCUGCCGUCCCUGGCUUCCCCCCUGUCCCUGGCCCACCCGCUGGCCUCGCUGGGCUACCAGCACUCGCUGGCCAGCUUCGGCAUCGCCUCAGGGGGCUUUGGGGGCUCGCCGCACGCUGCCCACGCGGCGGCUGCGGCGGCCUCGACGGUGGCCUCGCAGUACCUGCCGGGCAGCGGGGCCACCUACUCCCAGGCACACCUGCCGGGCCCCUACAGCUGGACCUGAGCAGGCCUCUUAUGCAAGCGGCCCCCCGGGGUUCUGGGGGGGCCGCCUCUCCGAAUCUCGGGAGCCGUCGUUUGUCUGGCCCCUGGGCCCUCUCCGUUUUUCUCCUCUGGUCGCCCCCUCUGCGUCCCAAGGAGUUCGGACGAGACUUUUCCUGCCGGCGGGCUCUCUCCCCCGACGCGGGAAGGUGGCCCGACCGGAGCGUGAUCCGGUGCUGCCGACGUGUGUGUGCCGGUCGGACGCCGGGAGGCUGGGUUGACCCUUGCCCGUGUCUUCUCCGCCUUUUUUUUUCUUUCUCGUAAACACCCACCAAGUUUUUUUGUUUUUUUUUCUUUCUCAUUUUGCUCUUUUAAGUGUUUCGGAGAACGUCAUGCCACCAUGAUCAUUUUGUUCCGUGCUCGUGUCGUGCGUUGCCAAUUUUCGUACUGUUUGAGUGCAGGUUCUUUCUCCCUCUUGGGACUAGUGUCUGUUUUCCUUUUUCAGUGUUUGCGUUCUAGUGCCACGUCUUCAUUAGUCCUCCAUCCUAACUUAUUUGCCCUCUCGGAAGGCGGGCGUCCCCUCCCCGGGAAAUGCAGAAAGGUCGAGGCUCUCUUGCUAGCAGUUCUUUUUUUCGGUUUGUUCCGUCACCUUGGCUUUUAUCGUUAUUUCCGACAACAGCCUUAGAAUUCCGUGCAACAAUCAAGUGCGCCCAUCGCCGCGAGACUUUGGAAGUGUGUGUGCGAGAGUCUUGACGUGUGCGGAAUGAGAAAUACUCAAAACCCCCUUUUAACCUCCACGUACGCAGAUUUUAAUCGAGGUCCUCGCGUCCGCAGGAACAGACAGUAUUUUUUGUUGCGUGCGUGAAGGAAACGGUUCUUGGCACAAAUUUUUCCCUUUUGUUUUGUACGUGUCUUGUACAGUUGCGUGAGUGCUUUUCCUUUUUUUUUGUUCCGCAAGGUUGAGGCAGCCUUGUCACUUGUUUAGAAAACCUCAAAAUGAUCACAGUAAAUAAUGUGAUAAGAAUUUUUUUUGUACUGAUGUUGUUUUUAGUGCUCGAAACAUGUUUUGUCUCAUGCAAGUGGAAUAAAGAACUUUUGUAGCUGUUAUGCGAGCUUAAUAGUAUGUUUGAUAGCCGCUGUUAGAAUAUCUGCUCUGGGCAAUGAAUACUGCAAUUUGAAGAAGAAAAACAUUUUUUUUUUGUUUCUGAAGUUUUGCAAACGUUCAAAAAUGUUAAAAAGUUUGGGGUUUUUUUUUCUUUUUUUUUGGGGGGGGGGGGGGGGGGGGGGCGGGAUUUGACCAUUUCAUAAAAUCUUCUCAUUCAGUUUUGAAAGUGUUCAAGCCACAGGUUUCCUCAAUUCCACUUGGUAAUUCUGCUGCAAUAGACCGCUCUAAUCCAGUGAGUGUCUGGCCUGUUGGUUACCCAUUGUCCCUGUACAAUAUGAUUUGUGUGCCGAGAGAGUGAGAAGAGCAUAAGUGCAGAGCUGCGACAGACAGACGAGCUUGCAAUUGCCGCGCGCUCUCCAAGCAACGCCACGCAGGUCAUCGUGUAACAUAACGGCCAACCAACUGUCUGCAUUGUCAUUUCCAUUGCUGUAUAAAGUGUGCGAAGAAUGCAGAUAGAGGUUCUCGUUUUUCUUCCUCAUUUUGUUUUAUAGUGACUGUAACGAGUUGAAGCAGGAAUCAACCUUGUGUAUCACUUAUAUUUUUUUUCCUCCUCGUGAUGUAAAUAGUUCUUCAUCUCAGCAGUGUGCACUUUGAAAGGCUCUCGUGUGGUUUAUCGGCACUUCAGUGUGUUUGUAGCACUCCUAUUUCCCUGUCCCCAACCAAAAAAAAAAAAAAAACUCAAAUGAAAUACAGCAGUGUGUGUGUGAAAAAAUUGCCAAAAUUUUAAGACUGAGUGCAAAAUAAAGCGUAAUUUUUUUUGGUUAA